AUGCGCCUUCAACCACCACCUGCCGCCCCGGACCGCCUUGACUACGGUGUCCUCCGCCAGUUCCGCCAGAAGCUCUUGACAAACUACACAAAAUGGUGUUCAUAUCUUGGUAAAAGGUCUCAACUUCGCUUGCCAAGACGCCAAAGUCCAGAACUUUCUCGCCGUGAGCUCUUGUAUGUAUGUCUUUACUUAUUGAUUUGGGGUGAGGCUGCUAAUCUUCGUUUUGCUCCUGAAUGCUUAUGUUAUAUAUAUCACCAUAUGGCCAUGGAACUGAAUUACAUUCUUGAUGGUCACAUUGAUGAGAGUACUGGAGCCCCUUUUGUUCCUUUUACUUGUAGGCAGUUUGGUUUCUUGGAACAAGUUGUCACUCCUAUUUAUACGACGAUUAAAGGUGAAGUUGAGAGGAGUAGAAAUGGCACUGCCCCUCAUUCAGCUUGGAGGAAUUAUGAUGAUAUAAACGAGUACUUUUGGAGUAGGAGGUGUUUUAAGAGGCUGAAAUGGCCUCUUGACUUGUCAUGUGGUUUUCUGGAUACUAGUGUAGGCAGGAGAGUUGGUAAGACAGGUUAUGUGGAGCAGAGGACUUUUUGGAAUAUUUUUAGGAGCUUUGAUAGGUUAUGGGUGUUGUUGAUAUUGUUCUUUCAGGCUGCUGUUAUUGUUGCGUGGCAAGGUACACAGUAUCCGUGGCAGGCUUUGGAAAGGAGGGAUGUGCAAGUGCAGUUGCUUACUCUCUUCAUAACUUGGGCUGUUUUGAGGUUUAUUCAGUCAAUACUUGAUGCCGGGACUCAGUAUAGUUUAGUUACCAGGGAUACAAUGUGGAUAGGUGUGAGAAUGGUCUUGAAAAGUGUAGUUGCUGUGACAUGGGCAGUCGUGUUUGGGGUGUUCUAUGGAAUGAUUUGGAGCCAGAAGAAUUCUGAUAGGAGGUGGUCGUAUGAGGCGAAUCAAAGGAUCUUGACAUUUCUUAAGGCUGCUCUGGUGUUCAUCAUCCCGGAGGUGUUAGCUCUGGUUCUUUUCAUUCUCCCAUGGAUACGAAAUGUGAUUGAAAACACCGACUGGCCAAUUUUUUAUUUGAUAACAUGGUGGUUCCACACUAGGAUUUUUGUGGGUCGCGGGCUCAGAGAAGGGCUUAUUAAUAACAUAAAGUACACGUUGUUCUGGAUUGCAGUAUUGGCUUCCAAAUUUAUCUUCAGCUAUUUCUUUCAAAUAAGGCCGCUGCUUGAUCCUACACGAGCUCUUUUGAAUAUGAAAGUUAAGAAGUACAAGUGGCAUGAAUUUUUUGGUAGCACGAAUGAGCUAGCAGCUGUUUUGAUGUGGAUUCCAGUUGUUCUAAUUUAUCUAGUGGACCUGCAGAUCUGGUACACUAUAUAUUCCUCCAUUGCAGGAGCAACAAUUGGGUUGUUCUCGCAUAUAGGCGAAAUUAGGAACAUUAAACAGCUCAGACUCAGAUUCCAGUUCUUUGCAACUGCAUUGCAGUUCAAUCUGAUGCCCGAGAAUGAGAGUAUAGAUGCUAAGGACACCCUGGUUCGCAAGCUUCGGAAUGCAAUACAUCGGACAAAGUUAAGAUAUGGCCUUGGACAGCCGUACAAGAAGAUUGAAUCGAGCCAGGUGGAAGCAACUAGGUUUGCCUUAAUAUGGAAUGAGAUUAUCAUAACUAUGAGGGAGGAAGACCUUGUUAGUGAUCGUGAGCUGGAGCUGAUGGAGUUGCCACCAAACUGUUGGGAUAUUAAGGUUAUUCGUUGGCCGUGUUUUCUCUUGUGCAACGAGUUACUUCUUGCUCUCAGCCAUGCAAGCGAGCUGGCAGAUGCACCUGAUAGAUGGGUUUGGUUUAAGAUAGGCAAGAAUGAGUAUAGGAGGUGUGCAGUGAUUGAGGCUUAUGAUAGCAUCAAAUACUUGCUAUUAAAGAUUAUUAAAUACGACAGNUACGACACUGAAGAGCAUUCAAUAGUCACUGCGCUUUUCCAUGACAUUGAUGAUUGCAUUCACUUUGAAAAGUUUACUAAAGCCUACAAGAUGACCCUCUUGCCACGCAUUCAUGAAAAGCUGGUGUCUCUUAUUGAGCUUUUGCUCAGGCCAGAGCCAGAUUUGCGUGAUAUGGUCAAUGUAUUACAGGCUUUGUACGAGCUUUCAGUUCGGGAAUUUCCAAGGGUGAAGAAGAGCACAGAACAACUGAUGCAGGCAAGUCUUGCUCCUUCAAAUACCAAUCACGGGUUUCUUUUCGAAGACGCGAUCGAGUUUCCUGAUAAACAAGAUGCUUUCUUCUAUAGGCAGCUGCGCCGUUUGCAAACAAUUCUUACUUCCAGAGAUUCAAUGCACAAUGUCCCAAGAAAUAUUGAAGCGAGACGGCGUAUCGCCUUCUUCAGUAACUCUGUUUUUAUGAACAUGCCCCGAGCUCCCCAGGUAGAGAAGAUGAUGGCUUUUAGUGUCUUGACCCCUUACUAUGAUGAGGAAGUUCUGUUUGGCAAAGAAAGUCUUAGGAGUCCAAAUGAAGAUGGAGUAUCCACCAUAUUUUAUCUGCAGAGGAUUUAUGAAGAUGAGUGGGCGAACUUCAUGGAGAGGAUGCAUACAGAAGGAAUGCGGGAUGAGAAUGAGUUAUGGAACACUAAAGCAAGGGAGAUUCGCCUUUGGGCAUCGUAUAGGGGGCAGACUCUGUCCCGUACUGUAAGAGGCAUGAUGUAUUAUUACAAGGCUCUCCAGAUGCUUUCCUUCCUUGAUUCUGCUUCAGAGGUUGAUAUAAGGCACGGCUCGCAAGAAAUUGCUUCACUUGGUUCAUUGAACCAAAAUAAUCACUUGAACGGUAUAGACUCUGGCAUGUUACGAACUCCUCAAAAUAUUCACAGAACGAGUAGCAGUGUCACCCUUCUUUUUAAAGGAGAUGAGUUUGGUGCUGCUCUAAUGAAAUUCACUUAUGUGGUGACCUGCCAGGUGUAUGGUUCUCAGAAGAAGAAGGGUGAUCCACGUGCUGAGGAGAUCCUAAAUUUGAUGAAGAAUAAUGAGGCCCUCCGAAUUGCUUAUGUGGAUGAGGUUUACUUGGGAAGAAAUGAAGUAGAAUACUAUUCUGUCCUAGUGAAGUAUGAUCAACAAUUGAAGAAAGAAGUGGAAAUCUACCGCAUAAAGUUGCCUGGUCCCCUGAAACUUGGGGAGGGUAAGCCGGAGAAUCAAAACCAUGCCAUUAUCUUCACCAGAGGUGAUGCAGUUCAGACCAUAGACAUGAAUCAAGACAAUAACUUUGAAGAGGCACUUAAGAUGCGUAAUCUAUUGGAGGAAUUCAAGGAGAAUUAUGGUAUUAGGAAGCCCACCAUUCUUGGAGUUCGUGAAAAUAUCUUUACUGGUUCUGUGUCAUCUCUUGCUUGGUUCAUGUCUGCCCAGGAGACGAGUUUUGUGACUCUGGGGCAACGCGUUCUUGCCAAUCCUCUCAAGGUACGGAUGCACUAUGGUCAUCCAGAUGUCUUUGAUAGGUUUUGGUUCUUGUCCAGAGGUGGCAUCAGCAAGGCUUCCAGGGUGAUUAAUAUAAGCGAGGAUAUAUUUGCUGGAUUCAACUGUACCUUGCGAGGUGGCAAUGUUACCCACCAUGAAUAUAUACAAGUGGGUAAGGGAAGGGAUGUUGGAUUGAAUCAGAUCGCAAUGUUUGAGGCUAAGGUUGCUAGUGGCAACGGGGAACAGGUAUUGAGCAGAGAUGUAUAUAGGUUGGGUCACAGACUAGAUUUCUUUC